GUCCCCAAAGGCCAAUCAAUCCACCACGUGAGAAGCGACCGAGCGAGCGUGAGUAUCGAGAGCAAUGGCGAGGGAUCCCCGAGGCCGCGGCCGCAGGAAAGCCGGCCAUGUCAGGUCUCUCCAGGAUGCGCGCCGUGUGGUCGACAUGUAUGGCCAUCACGUGGGGUUCAAGGCCAAGGUGGUGGCGCUGCACGGCGGCAUCAGGCAGGCUCGCGCCGUCCACGCCAUCCUCUCGCGUCAGCUCGGUGGCGAGAAGAAGUGGGAGAUUCGGGACAUGCCGAAGCUGGAGCUCCUGAUCGCCGUUCAUCGGGACAUCGCGGCCGCCGCCGAGAGCCUGGACUACCUGAUUCGCGCCUUCACCACCGCGCAGCACCCACCUCCCGCUCCCGGCUCCCCGAUCAGCCUCGAGUCCGUCCGCCUCCGCCUCACCGCCUGCGUACUCGACGACGCCGACGAAGACGACGACGGGGCCUAUCACUUUGCCGGGGACGAGCUCCUGCGCGUCACAAGCCUGCAGCACGCCGGCAACGCUCUCCUCCACAAGCAGCUCGGCGGCGGCAUCGUCGAGGACAAGGUGCGGGGGCUGGGCGAGCUCCUCCUCGGCCUCGCCACCUCCAUGAUCACGGAGGGUCCGAUCCCCUCGGUGCUGUUCGACGACGUCCCGGUGCAGCACCCUCCGCUAUCCAAGGCCAAACUGCUCCAGUUCAUGCAGCAGGCGAAGCGCCAAAUCCUUGAUGUUUGGGAUGCGCGGAUCUCCGGGCCCAACUUCGAUGGAAUGAGAGGCCAAACUGCUCCAGUUCAUGCGGCAGGCGAAGCGCCAAGUCCUUGAUGUUUGGGAUGGGCGGAUCUCCAAGCCCAACUUCGAUGGAAUGGGGUGAGUUGUUAGUUGCUACUACUUCACUUCGGGGGCAAAAACUGACGACAUGGGGGUGGAAACAGCGUAGACAUCGCAUCUUCUUGAGGAUAGGUCGGGUUCGUGUGAUUAGUGGGAUGGUACUCGUAUUCGAGGGGUGACUAUAGUGAGCCGCAAAUUUGACAAUUUGGCCCUUUUUGGAAACUAUUUGUAAAUUUGGUCCCUGGCAAAAACUAUCACCAGAUCUGGACCCUGACCUCAGCGCUAAGGUCGAUGGUGCUGAGGUUGAACACCUCAGUGCCAACCGCAUCGGCGCUGAGUACUUGACGGCCCUAAGGCGAACGGCGCAAUGUCAGCGCCGACCGACUUGGCGCUGAACUUCGGGACCUCAGCGCCAUCGGGUCUGGCGCUGAGGUCCUAUAACCCUUGGCCAAGCCGCGCCCAGCAGCCCGAGCCUUCUUUCUUCCUCAGUGGCUGUCGGCUGAGGCGCGGCGGCGCCGAACUAUCUCUCUCCUCCCCUCCAAAAAAUCGAAAAAAUCCCCACUAAAUCGUCGCAUUUUGGAGGGGAAAUUGUUGGAGGACAUAGUGGCAAGAUGGAUAGAUUAGUACGAUUGCACUAUGGUGGUUCGGUGGUAGAGCAAAGUAACAGUGGUAGCAAUUUCGAGGGGAUGAGUGUUAAGCAACUUAUAUUUGGUGGAAAACCUAGUUUUGAGGAGUUAGUUUGUCGUACAAAAGAUGUGCUGGGGUGGAGCAAUCAGUCUAUAGCUAUACAAGGUAGAUAUGAUGUUGGA